CGAAAGGAAGGGAAAAUGGCGGACCUCGAAGACGUUACGCUGGAUGGGAGACCGCUCCACUCUCUUCGGGUGGCGGACCUUAAAGCCGCACUUGAGGAGAGAGGGCUUCCGAAGAGCGGACAGAAAAAUGCCCUCAUCAAAAGACUCAAAGGGGCUCUCAUGCUGGAGAACCUUCAGAGAACCUCCACCCCUCACAUUGGACUGCAGCCCAACUCUCAGAUUGGUGAGGAAAUGAGCCAGAACAGCUUUAUCAAGCAGUAUCUGGCCAAACAGCAGGAGCUCCUGAGACAGCGUCUGGAAAGAGAGGCACGAGAGGCAGUUGAAACUGAGGAUCAAGAUGACCACACAGAGGUCAACAACAGCUCUUUGUAUGCUGCUCCAGCUCAGGAUGUUGCACCAGAGUUGGCUGACCAACACAGGCCGCUCGGCUCCUCUGAUGGAGAUGGACUAGCUGGACCGGCUAAUGAGGGAGAGGGUAACAGAAACCAAGAGGCAAAAAUGUCAGACACAACUGCUCCUGCUGGUGGUGAACUGCGGCCAGAGAGGGUUCCCUCAUCUAGCCAAGUCCUGGCUGAUAGUGAUGAUGAGGAUAGCGAGGAUGGAGAAGAUGAUGAUGAGGAUUUGGAAAGCAGUGCUGGUCGGAGGGCCGUGGCAGAGUCAGCCAGAGGGCUGGUGGCUAGAGAGAGAUCAGGAGCAUCCCACCACCCUCCACAGCACAUCCCCUCCCUCUUGUCUCCACAACUUCGUCAGCCCACACCACCUCCCUCCCCACCCCCAGAGUUAUCUUUCCCCCUGCCUGACACCCCCAAACAAAGCCCCCCUAGUCCAGAUGGGCUCCCUGCAAGGCAGCGUGCGUCCAGUACCUCUAGCUCUGGUUCAUCCAGCAGUGGCAGCCGCAGUAGCAGCCCAGAACCACAGAGGAGUGGACAAACCGAGCGCAAGCCUGGACCGCUGUCCCUGCUGGCACGCAAGAUGGAGUCAGAAGGGGCCUUCUCUGGAGCUGAGUGGCACUGUCGUGAUGGGAACAGAGAGAGGCAGGAUAACAGUUCUGUCGCAGCAACACAGUUACCUGGGAGAGGGCCUCCAGAGGGCAUGGUAUCUGCCAUCACCCAUACAGCCAACACCGCAGCCAACAUGCCACUUCCCAUAAUUCCAGGCACCAACCAGGGUGUCAUAAGUGGCCAUGGGCCCCUCGGUCAAAUACCUGUGAGUGUGCUGAGGGCCACUGCGACAGAAGAGAGGGACAGAGAGAGGGAGCUAGAAAGAGAAAAAGCCCUUGAGCAAGAAAAACUUAGAGCCCUGGAGCAGGAGAGACAGAGAAUACUUGAGCAAGAGCAAGCAAUGGCGGAAGAGAGGGAAAGGGCUCUUGCUCGGGAGAGAGAAGAGAGAGAGAAAGCUUUGGAGCUAGAGAGAAUAGAACGAGAGAAAGCAUUAGAAAGAGAGGAGAGGGAGAAGGCCUUGCAGCAGCAAGAGAGGGAACUUGCUUUAGAACGAGAAAGGGAGGAGAGGGAACGAAUUUUGGCAAAGGAGCGGGAGGAGAAAGAGCAAGCUCUAGCCAGGGAAAAGGCACUGGAGUUAGAGAAGCAGAAGGAGCUAGAGCGACAGAGAGCUCUGGAGAGGGAGAGAGAGCAGGCCAUGGAGCUAGAGAGGGCCAAGGCUUUGGAACAGGAAGAGAGGGAGAGAGCUCUAGAGCGAGAGAGGAUGGAGAGGGAGAGAGCCCUGGAGCAAGAGAGGGAGAGAGCCCUGGAGCAAGAGAGGGAGGAGAGGGAGAGAAUUGAAAGAGAGAGAGCCCUGGAGCGAGAGAGGGAGGAGAGGAUUGAGAGAGAGAGAGCUAUGGAGCGAGAGAGGGAGGAGAGGGAGAGGAUUGAGAGAGAGAGAGCUAUGGAGCGAGAGAGGGAGGAGAGGGAGAGGAUUGAAAGAGAGCGAGCUUUGGAACAAGAGAGAGAGGAGAGGGAGAGGAUUGAAAGAGAGAGAGUCCUGGAGCGAGAGAGGGAGGAGAGGAUUGAGAGAGAGAGAGCUCUGGAACAAGAGAGGAAGGAGAGGGAGAGCAUAGAGCGAGAGAAAGCUCUGGAGCGAGAACGGCUGGAACGGGAAAAGGCUUUGGCCCAAGAGAGGGAGGAGAAGGAGAGGCUGGAGAAGGAGCGAGCUUUGGAACAAGAGAGGAUAGAGCAAGAGCAGGCUGCGGAGCGAGAGAGGUUGGAGAGAGAAAGGGAGGAGAAAGAGAGGUUGGAGAGAGCGCGAGCCUUGGAGCAAGAGAGGAUAGAGAGGGAAAAGGUUUUGCAGCGAGCGAGGGAGGAAAGAGAAAGAGCCGAGAGAGAAGCAGCACUAGAGAAGGAGAGGAGAGAAAAGGCUUUAGAGCAGGAGAGACUGGAGAGGGAGAGAGCUCAAGAGGAGGAGAGACUUGAAAGGGAAAGAGCCUUGGAGCGAGAGAGGGAGGAGGAGGAGAAGAGAAAAGCUCUCGAGCGUGAAAGAUUGGAGAAGGAGAGAGCUUUAGAGCAGGAGAAAGCCAUGCAAAAAGAACAGGAAGAGAAAGAGAGCGCUAAGGUGUCUGAAAGAGAGAGGGAGAGUCGCCUCCCUCCUUCCAAGCGUGGCCGCGAGGUUGGUCUCACCCCCCUGCUCACCCCUCCUCCCCUCUCCACAGGGUCAGGUAUAAAGGCGGCGGGAGAACAGGAGGGUGGGGCAGCUCUGAAAGACGGCCAGACCGCUGAGUCUGGUGGACCCAUGUCACCAACACACGCCACUGCUCUGUCACCCCAGUCCUCAUUCAAGAAGUUCCGCUUGCUAAGGGAGUCCCCAGUCCAGCCCCCACCUUCCUCCUCUUCCUCCUCCAUGGUCAUUAAGCGGCCACGUACCUUCACUGACAGCCCACAGCCACAAGCCUCACCCUGUACCUCUUAUGAUAAAAUCAGGGCGCAAGACCAGAAAGCUCAACAGGCGCAUGUAGGGGAGGAAGUACAUGCGUGGGUGGUGGGCAGGCCAGAGAGGGAGAACCCCGUCAUUGUCACCAUGAAGAGUCCCCAAGAAGAAAAGGCCAGAAGUGUAGCAUCGGACGACAAAACCCAAGCAGAUCCAUCAGAGAGCAAGCAACGGGGCACUCAGGAGUCAGCCAAGAAAGUGAAGGAGGUGGAUGAAGGGAAGGCACCCUCCAGCCUGAAGGGGGCAGCACUGCAGAGGGGAAGAGAUGGACGAAAGGAAGAGACACGAGCGAGACAAAGGUCUUCCUCAAGUGGUUCCUCUUCUUCUGAUUCAGACUCGGGGUCCUCUUCAUCUCGGUCCUCGGCCACAUCCUCAUCUUCCCAGGGCAAAACCCGCUCCACCAGCAGCGAUAAAAGGGAAGGGAAACUGAAGAGAGAUCCCCCAGCUCAGAACAAAGUGGCAGUGGAGGUCCAAGUUAAGAAGUCAGUGGACACCCCACAAACCUCCCUACGCAAAAGAGGGGUGUCUUCAGAGGAGAAGGACCCAACUGAUGAUGGAGCUGGCCUGAGCAAGAAGCCAUUUGUUGAUGCACCUGCUGCAGAAGAGAAGAAAAUGAAGAGAAUGGACAGUGAGGAAGGUCAGGAGAAGAAACCAAAGGAGCAGAAAGAGAAACCAAGGGAGGUGAAGGAGACUGCCAUGGCAGAGCCUGAUAAGAUUCCAGAGACUUAUGAGGAGACACCUAAGGCCUUCACAGCCCGUAGGAUCUCCCUUAGCAGCAGCAAGACAUCCCCAAGUGCUGGUAGUGCAGAGGGUGAGCAGGAGUCUGGUGGCGGUGCAGGCCGCAAGAGGAGAUGGGGCUCUAGCACAGCUGUCACUGCCAAGAAACCUUCCAUCAGCAUCACCACUGAUUCUCUCAAGUCUCUGAUCCCUGAUAUCAGGCCGUGUCAGGGCCAGGAUGCGGUGGUAGACCUGCAUCCAGAGGAGGCUGUCCUCUCUGGAGCUGAAGACGAAGAGAGGGAGCGCCCUGACCAGGACCUUCAGAUCCGACGCACUGUCACGCAGGUGGUGCCCUUGGAAAGCCAGGAGAAUGGACAGAAGGAGGCCAAGAGGAGCAGAAGGGAGGUGGAGGAGAAUGACGUGAGGGCAGAACGAGAAGGGACAAGGGGCCAUGAGGAGAAGAUAGACAGCUCAUUUCCUGGAGCUAUGGAAAUCCUGUCGCCUUCUCAUACCAGUCAGGAUAUGGAGAUGAACACUGUGACCCCCAGCGAUACCCUCGUCCGUCGCUCCAUCAGUCAGCAGAAGUCAGGUGUGUCCAUCACCAUUGACGACCCCGUCCGUACAGCUCGGCAGCCCUCUCCGCCCCGCGGCAAGGUCUCCAAUAUCAUUCACGUCUCCAAUCUGGUGAGACCGUUCACUCUUGGCCAGCUGAAGGAGUUGCUGGGGAGAACAGGCGCCCUGCUGGAGGAAGGUUUCUGGAUCGACAAGAUCAAAUCGCACUGCUAUGUCACUUACUCCAGUACAGAGGAGGCUGUAGCCACACGGGCAGCCCUGCAUGGAGUAAAAUGGCCUCAGAGCAACCCCAAAGUCCUCAGUGUUGACUUCUGCCAGCAAGAUGAGCUGGACUUCCACAAAGGUUUGGGCACAGCUGACAGGCCUGGCACAGAAGAGCCAGGAGCAGGGUCUCUCCGGGGUCGGACCACCGGCCUGCCGUCCCUCCUCCCAGAACGAGACCAGUGGGCUGAACGGGAGCGCGAGAUGGAGCGCAGGGAGCGGGCCCGCGCUGAGAGGGAAUGGGAUCGGGACAAGGUCCGUGACUUUGGAAAACAUGGAGAGGAGAGGGAAGGAGGUCCCCGAAGGUCACGCUCCAGAGAGAGGCGACACAAAGAGAGGGGGAAGAGUAAGGAGAAGAAGGCUGACAAGAAGGAGAAGGCAGCUGAAGAGCCACCUGCCAAGCUCCUGGAUGACCUGUUCAGAAAGACUAAAGCAGCUCCUUGUAUAUACUGGCUCCCCCUCACAGACGAACAGUUCGCCCAGCGGGAAGCUGCCAGAGCAGAGCGGAAUAAGGAGCGUGAGAAACGGAGGAAGGAGCUGCAGGAGGAGGAGGAGAAGAAAAAAGAGGAGGAGCGCAAGGAGAGGAUGAAGGCUGGAAGCAGCGCCGCUGGAGACCGAGGGGAGGGAGAGAAGGAGAAAGAGAGAGACAGAGAGAGGGACAGAGACAGGGAGCGGGAGCGGGACCGUGACCGUGACCGGGGGAGAGACCGAGACAGAGAGAAUGAAAAACGCAGGGAAGCCUACCGUAGGACAGGGGGCAGCAGUGCAGGCGGGGGCAGGCGCUCACGCAGCCGCAGCGACCCACGAGACCGGCGGCGUUAGAUUGCAGUCGGUGGAUGGAACUGUCCGAGACACCCCCCCCACCCCAACACACCUUCCCUUUGUCACUACAUGACUAAGACCCAACAGAGGACCAACUGAUGUAGUCGCCAUCUCCGAUUGUCAACUUUUUUUAAAGCACACAUAUGCUAAUAGGGGACCAUGAUUUUCACAGUGUUUGCUCCCAGAGUGCCGUAUGUCUCACUCCAAUCGGGGGUUUGAUAUAUAUUUUUUUAUCCAUUUUGCUACCUUUUCCUUGUUUUUGUUGCAUCUUUUGUUUCAUGUUUUGUUUGUCUUGACAGCAUCGCAAUUCAGCACUCUGGGCAACUACUCCCCCCCCCCCCCACACACACACACACACCCAUUGCCCAUGUAGCCCCAAAGCGUAGGCAGCGAUCACAACCUGCAAAUAACAAUUGCUGUCAUCAGUGUUUACCAGCUCUCUGUGGUCUAUACUUGGGAUUCUUUUGUUGCUGCAUGCGGUCCACAGUUUGUAAUGGCAGCCCAGCCUCGAGAGAAAACCUGGCGAACACCCUACGAGAUUUUCCAGGAUCCAAGUCUGUUAAUAACAAGGCAACUUAGGGGUGUUUUGGUCAGCUGUAGGGAUGGGUACCAAAACCCGGUAUUAAAUGGGCACUAGUGCUAAAUUAUUAAAGACCGUAGUAUUGAUAAGCUCCAAUGUUAACGGUUCUUCUAUCGGAAUUGGAGAAAUUAAGAAAAUAAAUUUCCUAUUUAUUUAGGCUACAUAAAUGUUAUCUUGCAUCUUUUAUCUCACCAACUCCAUUUCUAAUUUGCAAUAACACGAAGACAUUUGUCUAUGAUGCAUUUUUGCUCUUCCCCCUCCAGAAGAGAGCUCUCUCUCGGAGCCUGUCAUAUGUGCGAGCCGAGGGGCAGGGCCAGCUGUCUCCGCCUCUUUCUCCCAGACAUACACACACAGAGCCCGCUCUUAGUGACAAUGGCGGAGAGAGAACGAAACGGUCAUAAGUCUGGUUAUACUUCACGAGAGUCGAUGCUGGCAUUACUUGUUGUCACAGGUGCAACAAGUCUUUUGGAUGUAAGGGCAGAAACACAAGUCGGUUUUCCAAAGGAGUUGAAUCAAGUGCAACUG